AUGGAGUCAUCAGGGGGGCUACGACGAAGGGAUACGACCAAAGGCACUCCACUGCGAAUACUCUCUCUAGAUGGCGGAGGCGUGCGCGGCUACUCCAUGCUCAUCCUCCUACACGACUUCAUGCACAAGACAUACGCGGAAUGCAACAACGGCGAACCGCCAGAAGCAGACAAAGUGCCCAGGCCAUGCGACUACUUCGAUCUCAUUGCGGGCACUGGGACCGGGGGACUGAUUGCUAUCAUGCUGGGACGGCUACGAAUGAACACGAAGGACUGCAUGAGGGUGUACGUGCAAAUGACGAGGAAAGUCUUCGAGACGGACAAGACGAUUGCGGGGAUCCCAUACAGAUCUACGCUAUUCAAGGCCUCAAUGCUAGAAGACGCAAUAAGAGCUUGCGUGCGGACCUUCGAACACGAAAGGGACGAGAAUUGGGACGAUGCGUAUGGAGAUAUGCCGAACAGUCCUGGAAGCUUCUCGAGGCCGACGAGCAUGAUGAGUGAUAAGAAUGGGAUGCCGCGAUCGUCUACAAGCUCAAGCUCAAGGAACAGAUACAGUCAAGUUUCGGCCGACAACUGGACGGCAAUGGGAGACCCGAAUGCGUCGCUUGAGGAUCCUAGGAGGGAAAGGAGAUGUAAGACAGCAGUAACAGCGGUCUUGAAAGGCCACAAUGAGAGGAGUGCUACGACGGUUCUGCUACGAUCGUAUCCAUCCAGAACACAGCCAGCCAUUGAGUCUGAAUGUGCUAUCUGGCAGGCGGGACGUGCAACUUGCGCCACCAAGCUCGCUUUCAAAGAGGUCCGAAUCGGUACCUCGACAUUCUUAGACGAAGGCUACGGACUGGUCAACUCUGACAAAACGCCCACUUACAACCCAGCUCCACAGAUUCUAGACGAAGCCUUGGUCAAUGAAUGGCCCGGUCAGACCAUUGGCCUCUUUCUGAGCAUUGGCACAGGGAAGAGGCCCAGCGGAACACAAAACAUGCAGUCAGAAUGGUGGGAGGGUUUCGCGGGUGGUUUGGGAUCUUUCGCCGAAGCAAAGAGGAAGCUGAUCGCGAAGAUUGAGGGCUGCGAGAAGACACACAAGGAAAUGACAUCCAUCCAUUUACCACGGAGAGGUGUUGAUCCCCAGCAUUACCUCAGGCUGAACGUCGAAGUAGGAGUUGGUGAGUUUGGGAUGAACGAGUGGAACAGAUUGGCAGACAUCAGCAACAGCACGCAGUCAUAUCUGAACACGCCUGCCGUUAGAGUCAUGCUCAACGAAGGAGCGCAUGAAAUGGCCAAAGUUGAAGCUAUGCGACGGCAUGCUGCUAGCAGGAUCCAACGAGCAAAUGAAAGCUUCGACAAGCACGCCCCUGCUUACAUCCCUCCUUCAGAACCUUCAGCGAUUGAGCUUCCUGGUGGUGAAGACCCGCCGCUCAUGCCCAGACCUCUCAGCAAGCCUGGGCCGAUGUAUCCCGGAGGCCGACCGCAUUCAUAUCAGCAAGUCUCUAGCCCGGACGACAAAUUUGCCAUCAUGUCCUCGGACGAGGUCCCAGAGGCGGGGGAUGAAGCACGGCAGAGUUAUUCAGAGGAGCAGCCUUAUCGAGGCAGCAAAGAGUAUCAGCGACCUGACUCGGGCUAUGAGGCCCCCCCACUCCCACCUAAAACUCCAAUCCCUUACCGUGAUUCUCAUACAGCACGGCGGCACAUUUCGAAUCCAAGAGGUAAUGGCAAUGUGCCUCCACCGCUUCCAUAUCCUGAUACCGAUGGUCCGCCGCCUGUUGUCAACAUGGCGAGGAAGCCGGAGCAUGUGCCUAGGUGA